AUGGAGACUCAAGCAGUAAAAACAAUUCGAGAUGAGCUAAGAGAACUUGAAAAUACAGUUGCACAAGCAUCUGAUAUGGUUUUAUCAGAGCAAGAUCAUAGAAAUGCUUCAGCUAUUAGAGAGAUGACCCAGAGUGUUAUUGCUAUGAGUAAAGAAAAUAGUUUAAUAUCUGUGAGUAAUGAGAUUGAUUACAAUGAAGAAAUUGGUAAUUUGGCAAUUGACCCUAGUUUAAUUGAUGAAAAGAUUAAACAAUCUAAUAAUUUUGUCGAACUUUUGAAAUUGACACAUUUAGAGCAAGAGGCAUUGGAUUACUUUCUUAGGUAUACUAUAUCUUCUACAAAUACGUUGGAAUUAGAGUCUACGUCAGAUCCAAAAUUUGUUUCAUUGGAAAAUGAGGUUACAGAAUUAGAGAAUAAGACGUUGACUGAACAUAGAGAUAAAAUCCAAGAGGCUAAGAAAGAUAUUUCAGAUAAGAGUAAGGAUCUGGCCAAUAAACAGGACCAGAUAAACGAAUUAUGUCUUGGAGCAGCAAAUUCGGUCGAUGAAUGCUGGAAGAUGCUGAAUGAAUUAGAAGAUAUUCAUUCGCAAAGAGAUAAUGACGUGAAGGAGACCCUGUCACAAGAUACAACAACUACAAGUGAUCUAAUAGAAGAGACUUAUAAGGAGUGGAGCUCAUUGCAGACAUCUUUGACAGAAUUAAAUAAUAGUAAAGAUGAAUUAGAUCAACUGAUAGCGUUCAAAAAUGAAAAACAUAAAGAUAAUGAUUCCACUAAAAUAAGAAAUGCAAAUAUAAAGAAUAAAACUAUCACCGAAAAUGUAAAGAUGCUUAAAUUACUAAUUAACUUUUGGGAAUCUAAUUUCAUUGUCCCUGGAAGUAAGAAAUCCAAAUUGUCAAACCUAGAGGUUUAUCCACAGACAAAGAAGUUUCAAUUUAAGUGUGCAGAACAAUACACAGUAAUAAUCCAACUGAAUCAAAAUGGUGGAUCAAUUAAAAGUAUAGAGAUAUUUGAAAAUGACGGUAAGUCUGUGCAAGAAAACAAGAAUUUGAGUUCACUAAUCUUGAACAAAUAUAAGAAUCCAUUAUCAUCAUACCCAAUAUUCCAAGUGAUUAAUGACAUCGUGGAGGAGUUGAAAUAG